AUGGCGCAGGAGAACGCCGCCUUCUCGCCGGGCCCCGAGGAGCCGCCCCGACGGCGCGGCCGCCAGCGCUACGUGGAGAAGGACGGGCGGUGCAACGUGCAGCAGGGCCACGCGGGCGAGACGUACCGCUACCUGACCGACCUGUUCACCACGCUGGUGGACCUGCAGUGGCGCCUCAGCCUGCUCUUCUUCGUGCUGGCCUACGCGCUCACCUGGCUCUUCUUCGGCGCCAUCUGGUGGCUCAUCGCCUACGGCCGCGGCGACCUGGAGCACCUGGAGGACGCGGCCUGGACGCCCUGCGUCAACAACCUCAACGGCUUCGUGGCCGCCUUCCUCUUCUCCAUCGAGACGGAGACCACCAUCGGCUACGGGCACCGCGUCAUCACCGACCAGUGCCCCGAGGGCAUCGUGCUGCUGCUGCUGCAGGCCAUCCUGGGCUCCAUGGUGAACGCCUUCAUGGUGGGCUGCAUGUUCGUCAAGAUCUCGCAGCCCAACAAGCGCGCCGCCACGCUCGUCUUCUCGUCGCACGCCGUGGUGUCCCUGCGCGACGGCCGCCUCUGCCUCAUGUUCCGCGUGGGCGACCUGCGCUCCUCGCACAUCGUGGAGGCCUCCAUCCGCGCCAAGCUCAUCCGCUCGCGCCAGACGCAGGAGGGCGAGUUCAUCCCGCUGCACCAGACCGACCUGAGCGUGGGCUUCGACACGGGCGACGACCGCCUCUUCCUGGUCUCGCCGCUCGUCAUCAGCCACGAGAUCGACGCCGCCAGCCCCUUCUGGGAGGCGUCGCGCCGCGCCCUGGAAAGGGACGACUUCGAGAUCGUGGUGAUCCUCGAGGGCAUGGUGGAAGCCACGGGAAUGACAUGCCAAGCUCGGAGCUCCUACCUGGUGGACGAGGUGCUGUGGGGCCACCGCUUCACAUCAGUGCUGACCCUGGAGGACGGCUUCUACGAGGUGGACUAUGCCAGCUUCCACCAGACUUUUGAGGUGCCCACACCCUCAUGCAGUGCCCGAGAGCUGGCCGAGGCAGAGGCCCGCCUUGAUGCCCAUCUCUACUGGUCUAUACCCAGCCGGCUGGAUGAGAGAGUGGAGGAAGAGGGGGCAAGGGAGGGGGCAGGGGAGGAGGUAGAGGGAGAGGCUGGGCCUGACAAGGGGAAGAAUGGCUGCCUGCCCCCGCCAGAGAGUGAGUCUAAGGUGUGACCAGCUUUGCAGACCCCUGUGGCAGGAUCAGACACAGGUACCUAGGGCGCUGGAUAGUGGAGGUGGAGGAGUCUGGUGAGGUGCCUGGGGACGUGCUAAGGCUGGAAGGGCCCCUCAGAAUCUCGAGUCCAGGAUCCAAUGUGGAAGGAGGCAUCCUGAUAUCAAGAGAAUGGAGGGCAGGGAGCGUGAACUGACCAGCCUGUUGUGUUUGACCUUCACAUCUGCUCAUGGGUGGAUGGAUGGACAGAAGGAUGGACUUAUGUGGAUUGGAUGGGAACAUAGAAGCAGACAGGGAAACAGCUAAUGGAUAGGUAAGAGGACCGACAGACAGGUGGUACACUCAGGGCUGCUGCUAACCCACUGAGCAUCUUUGUACAAAUUCUAAACAGGCAUCCUUUUCCUCCAGACUGACACCACCCCAAACCAGGGUGAGUGGCCUGGGGCACAGAACGUGGGCUGGAUCUUAGCCCGCACUCACCUCCUCAGCCUGCUUCCCUGUGCCUGGCACACCUGUCUCACCAGAUACAGUAGCCCAGCUGACCCAGAGGAGAGAAAGCUGGAUGGAGGUGGGCAGAGUUGAGGAGGCUGCCCUCCCAGCUCCACCCCUACCCCUGUGGCAGGCUGAAUGGGAGGAUGAGGGGCUGUAGGAGUGGCCCAGCAGGUGUGAAUGGCUUUGUCUAUUGCACAGGGAAGCAAGAAGUAGAGAGCUACCAGAGCUGGGGCCCUGGGAAAGGAGUGAAAUGUCAUAAACACCUCGGUGAUGGUGGAGGGCAGAGAGGGUUCUGAGGAGGAAGAGGGCCAGGGAGAGACUGAGGUGAGUUCACUAGAGCUGGGACACGGGGGCCCUUGGGAAAGCAGAAUUAGUGAGAAGGAGUCACUCAUACCAUUCAUAGGGUGUCCUUUGGGCAUAGAACACUGAACUGGGCACAUGGGGAUGGACAGUCCGACACCCAUUUCCUAUCUCGGAAUAUAGUGCACCUGGGGAAAACAGAAAUACUCCCAUGGCAACUGUUUCAAACGGAGAGCCUGAGCAGUCUCUCUGGGCAGGGGUAGAAGGGUUUGGUAAUCUGAAAGCUGGGGUUUGAGCAAGGCACGGAGAAUGUCUAAGCCAUCAGCUGUAACGCUUGAGUGUGCAUCAGAGUCACCUGAAGGGCUGUGGAAACUGACUGUGGCCCCACUCCCAGAGCUUCUGACUCAAUCGGUCUGAGGUGGAGACCAAACAUUUUCAUGCCUAACAAGUUCCCAGGUCACGCUGACACGGCUGGAAUGCGGACCACAGUUGGAGGGCUCCUGCUCUAAGCGAAGACCUGGAGAUGGAGCACACAAGCUGAGGAGAAGCUGGGGGAUCUUGGGGUGGAGACUGAGAUAUACAGAGUGGAGUCUUGUGUGGGGAGAGGUACCCCGAAACCCAGGCUGAUGAGUUUAACUCUGGGCCCAGGAACUCCCCUGUCCGUGGAAACAGGGAGUGACAGCUAGAGAGAGUGUUUGGGGAAGAUAAGCAGGCAUUUCAGAUAGGAGGAGGCAGUAGCGGCCCUGAGGGGAUUCCUGGGGAGGUGGUGGGGAGCUGCAGCAGGAAGUGGCAAAGGAGGGAACCCCCUGGGCGUUCUUACUUUCCCAGUAGCAUCUUCGCUGCAAGCAUUUUGGCCGCAAACAUUUUCGCCACAUACCUGAUUGGCUAUAAGGCAAUUCUGCCAUUAAAAAGAAGGAGACUAAAGGGCAGAGAGGAU